AUGGGCUACCAGGAUCCGAUCAGAGACUCAGAUAUCAUCGAUGGUCUUAGUAUCAGAAUCCUCAAGCUCUUCGGGAUAUGGAAGGCUAUCAAUGACUACAGAACAACGGGAAAGAAGAGUUUAAUUGUCAAGAUGCACAUACUUGGGACGUUUAUGAUAACUCUUCCAUAUGCGGUUUUUCAGGCGCAAAGCUACUUCACGAUACAAUACGACAUCCAGAAGAUCACGUUAGUCAAUCUGCACCCGCUGCCUGCAGUUCAGAUGUGCUGCAGGAUGUUUCUGUUUUGGUUUCACAUGGACAGGUUUUUCAGACUCUACGACAUGAUGAAGAAAGAUUUUAUCCAUAUUCCUGAAUAUUUGAGAGAUCGCGUGAGGGAUUUGUUUGUUAAGACCAAUAAGACUUGUAACAUUAUUUGCAUGGGUACAUUGAUUUGGAAUAUUGGUGCAGAGACAGUCGUUAUAAUAUUUCCAAAUAUUUCUAUAGAUUACAUCCAGCACCACACCGGCAGUAUGGCUGCCGUGAAAACUGGAAGAAACAAGAUAUUGGGUGGUUGGUACCCAGUGCCUAUGGACGAGUCCCCUUACUACGAAAUAAUUUACGUUUAUGAAAUAUGCUGUACGAUAUGGAUAGCAACACUUCUCGCUGUGUAUUUCUGUGUGUUCUAUCAAGUAUUGAUGUGUCUCUAUGCACAAUUUACUAUAUUUGGUGCUCGUUUGUCCGGUCUGAAGGUAGAUGUUUCAGAUGCUUUAAGUUCAGCACGUAAAAAAAGUAUUCCAAAUCUUAAUAACACUAGGGUGUAUGAGGAGUUAUACGAGAGCCUUCUAGAUCACCAAAAACUCUUGAUGUACACUGAUGAUCUCAGGAAGUUUUACAACCCUCUGGUUACUGUAACGCUUGGAAUCGGUAUUAUCUUUCUGUUGUUUGGAGCUAUCCAGAUUUUACUAGGAAAAACGAAUGAUCCCAGAAUUUUAAUACAGCUUUUCGAACUCUUUGUAUUCCAAUUUAUCGAAGUAUCGUUGAUCUGUUUUGGUUCUUCACUCAUUGAGACGGCGAGUUCAGACCUCCGCUUCGCCAUCUACUGCAGCGAGUGGUACAAAGCUGACAUCAAGUUCAGGAAGGCGGCCCAGAUGUUGAUGGUGAGAGCUGGAAGGAGUUCCACCCUCACAGCUAUCGUCAUGUACCCUGUCAAUUUGGAAACACUGGGCGCGGUAUGUAAAGAUUUGGAAGGAAAAGUGUGA